UUUAGCCUCUGUUUCUAUUUCAGCACCUUAAUGUCUUCUCCUAUUCAAUCCUCCGAUUCAGGCAAAGGCCGCUGUAGCCCACAUGGAACUACAUGGUGCAAUUGCGGAUGACGUUACAGAGUUCAUUUUUCGUCCUAUUCAUGCUUGGCGUGAUCAAAAGUUACCCGUUUCACACAAGAUUGGUCUUACUCACCAGGCAUUCAUUUUGGGUUACGUUGCCGCUUCAUUUGGCAUGGCGGGUGACCUGUCCUAUGCUUUGGAGACUCCCGACGCGCUUAAUGCAAUCGGGUCGACCUAUCCGGAUGACAGUGUGCUAACAGCAUGGACAAAUCGACCCCCAAAAGAGUGGGCGCACUACGUAUCUCAUUCGCUUCAAACCUAUCCGGAUUUUCAUUUUGACCUUAUACCACAUUCAAAGCCACCACACUCCGUACAUUCGCAGACAGCGGACGAUAUGGUUAACAUGUACUUACACCUCAACUCACAAAAUGCUCUCCCCACUUUUUGCAGCGCCUCUGUCGAUCGGCGGACUCGUCAAACGAUCCAGCAUCUGCUCGCGCGCUGUUUUCUUGCUUGCUUUUAUCAUCUAUUUGCACGUUCUUAUUCCAGGCUUACUUGAUUUGUACUCUUGUGUGAUGGCAUCCUUUUUUCGUUUCAUCGUUCUUGAUUGUUCGCUCAUGUUUUGUCCGAUGGUAUGACCGCAUAACGUCUUUUUGUUGCUAACAAGGUGCACUACUCGCUGCAGCGGUUUUCCAUGUCCAUGACAGUCCAGGAGUCUCGGUCAGGAAGUGGCGAUCGUGUCUUCAGCCAAGAAUAUAAAACUAUAUGUGGUGUUUGAUGGUCUUCCUAUGAGGGUGUAUCAUUUCAGAUUCUUCUAAGUGCUCGUACAUCUGUCUUGGUAGGGAUAUGCUCACAAACAUUCCAUUUUAACGGCGUUUUUGCACAACUCCGGCAUUUUUGGCGCUCGUUGAUGACUACACUUAUGUGGUAACUACAAGGGUGCUUAUCUAUACAAACUGUACUGGUAAUAUUGACCUCAUCCACCCUCCUUUUGACU